AUGGCAGACCCCGCCAAAUCCCCUCCUCUUACCAGGACCUCAGUCAUUGCAGCACACGCUCUCGUAAAGGAACAUAUCCACUACACGCCAGUGCUCACCAACUCGACCCUCACUAAUCUAGCAUCAACACCUCAGUCAGCUACUACGCUCGCAGAUACACAAUGGGCGGGUCAGGAACCGGCCAGGCCACAGAUACGACUGUGGUUCAAAUGCGAGAAUCUGCAAAGGGUGGGAGCGUUUAAGGUCCGCGGGGCUUUUCAUGCAUUGAAGAGGUUGAUAGAAGAGCCCGGGUGGGAGGAGGGAGGGGGACGGGAAAGGGGCGUUGUAACGCAUAGUUCUGGCAACCACGCACAAGCCCUUUCUCUCGCGGCUCGAACAAUGGGUAUACCUGCGUACAUCGUGAUGCCCAAAAUCUCGACACCCUCCAAGGUCGCGGCUACCAAAGGCUACGGUGCAAAAGUCAUAUUCAGCGGGAGCACAAGCACGGAGAGAGAGGCUGUGGUGGAGGAUGUGAUUAAGGAUACGGGCGCGAGACUAGUCCCUCCGUACGAUCAUCCGGAUAUCAUGCUCGGACAAGGGACGUUAGGGCUGGAAUUACAGGAACAAGUAGAGCGGCUGAUAUUAGAGGGCACAGGGGAGCAGGCAAAGUGCAGUCUUGCUGUGAAAUCCAAGGGUCUUGAUGCCAUUAUCACCCAGUGUGGUGGGGGAGGCAUGCUCUCCGGUACAGCGCUCAGCUGUGAAGGUACCGGUAUUCUCGUCUUCGGCGCCGAGCCAGAGUUCGAAGGCGCAGAUGAUUGCAAACGCGGUCUGGAGGCUGGGAAAAGGAUCGAGACCGUCAAAACCCUUACGAUUGCUGAUGGGUUGCGGACUCCUGUUGGGGCUAUUCCUUGGACUGUCAUUCACGAUAGGAAACUAGUUAGGGCUAUGUAUAGUGUUACAGAAGAGCAGAUUAAAAGGGCUCUGAGGCUUGUGCUAGAGAGAAUGAAGCUGGUCGUUGAACCAAGUGCUGUAGUGGGACUUGCCGUCGUGCUGUAUAAUGAGGACUUCAGGAGGUUGGUUGAGAAAGAGGGCGGCGAGGAGGGGUGGGAUUUGGGUCUUGUCUUUAGCGGUGGGAAUAUGGCUAAAACGACAAUUUCUUCACUUACACUCCCGCCAAAUGCUAGACUUGUCGAUCUAGAGAUUACAGCAGAGAUUGGGCCUGACAUGUAUGAUACACCUGAAGAGGUGAGGUUUGAUACUUCUUGUGGGCAAUGA